GAACUAAGAAACUAUGGCACGUCAUUACUUGUUUCCUACUGUGAAAUUACUCAAGCAGAAAUGUUUUCCAUCCCUCAGUGGAAUGAAGAGUUGUCAGAAUUUUUCCAGUAUGCAAGUCGACGAAACAGAAGGCGCUAACUUCAAACGUUUCGCCCAGCAUUGGUGGGACUAUGAUGGAGAUUUACAGCCAUUGCAUACUAUGAAUCGUUUGCGUGUACCAUUUAUUCAAAAUGGUCUUUGUCCAUUAACUACAUUAUCUACAGUUGAUUCAGUUUGUUUACCUUUGAAAGGUACGAAGAUUUUAGAUGUUGGUUGUGGUGGAGGUAUUCUAGCGGAAGCACUAUCUAUGUUGGGAGCAGAAGUUUUGGGCAUAGACUUAGUAGAAGAAGGUAUAAAAGUAGCACAAGAACAUGUUGAAGCUACAUCUUAUCGCUGGGUUGAUCAUCCAGAUUUACAUAAACCUACAUAUAAACUUACUAGUGUGCAAUCAAUUAGUCAAGAGUAUCCAUGUCAAUUCGACGCAGUUGUUGCGUCUGAAGUAUUAGAACACGUUACUGAUUGGGAGGAUAUGUUGAACAGUUUAAAACAGUGCUUGAAAAUUUCAAUCAAUAUUGACGGAGUUACACGACCUUUGAGUGCUGUUAGAGGUAUGAUGGCGGUUAUUACUUUCCGGUUUCCCGCACCGUGAAAGGAGUUUUCAGAGGUACCUGAAAAGGAGAUUGGGGUCCGAGUUGGUCUUAGUAACCUACGAACGUGACCGCAGUGCUCAAGGGAUAACGUCUUGAGGUCGAUCACACACGACCUUUGCUUAGAAGGAAUGUUAUUCGUAACUACAAUAAAUCGUACUACCGCUUCAUUACUACUAGGAAUUGGUGUAGCUGAAUAUGUAGCUCGUAUUGUUCCACGUGGUACUCAUGAUUGGAAUAAAUUCAUUGAACCUAGUCGGUUACAGAUUGCUUGUAUCAAGCGUGGUUUGCAACCGCGUCAACUCAGUGGAAUGUUAUAUAACCCAUUAAGUCGUCGAUGGCGUUGGAGUAGUAAUUUAUCACUAAAUUAUGCAUUCAGUGCUAUGAAAAUCGAUGAAUAAAUAAGAUGAAGAACACCAAUUCUAAAUGCAUUUGUUCUUCGUCAACUAUUUCUUUCUCAAUCUAUUAAUUUAGUAAAAGCAAAGUGUGAUCAAUUAUCACGAAUUUAUUGACACAUUCUUUCCAUUGUUUGCUUUCAAUAACAUUAUAUAAUAAGCUGAUAAUUAUUGUAAAAUCUUGUCAACUCAUUAGAUAAUUAUCAAAAACUUAAGCAUUAAAUUUUUUCAACUAAAUGAUUUACGGUAUUAGCUUUUAUGUAUUAUUUAUUUAUUUAUUUACUUUAACACAUAGAUAUUGGUACGAGGAGGCGCC